CGUUUUGAGCGACGGACCGAACCCGAACCCCCGCGCCAGGACGGAGGGGAUUUUUUUUCCUUUUCCCCCCCACCCUCCCCCCCGGGCGCGAACCGCUCUCCAAUGGCCGACGCCCGAGGCGAAGACGGAGCCGCGGCUCCCAGCGAGGAAAAACUUCCCGAAUCUCAGGAUUCUAGUCCAGAAGAAGGACUGGACCCGUCGGCUGGCGAGCCUGAAAUGGAAUGCCUGAGGAAUCUGCUGAUGCGUACAGGACUCCAAGACCCUCCGGCCCAGAAAGUGUUGGAUGAAUGUUCGCUGUCUGGAGUUGCCAAGUACAUCUUGAGCGGGAAAUGCAACAGAAUUAUUUGUAUCGUUGGAGCAGGCAUCUCAACAUCGGCUGGUAUUCCAGAUUUCCGGAGUCCAGGCACCGGGAUCUAUGACAACCUCAAGCAGUACGAACUCCCUUACCCUGAGGCAAUCUUUGAGAUUGAUUACUUUAAGAAACAUCCAAAGCCUUUCUUUGAACUCGCGAAGGAACUCUUCCCCAGUCAGUUAAAGCCCACAAUUUGCCAUUAUUUCAUACGAAUGCUGAGAGAUAAGAAGCUGCUUCUACGCUGUUAUACGCAGAAUAUCGACACCCUGGAGCGUGUGGUGGGGCUGAGUGAUCGGCAUUUGAUUGAGGCUCACGGCACAUUCUACAGGUCACACUGCGUGAACAAGCUUUGCAUGAAGAAGUAUGACUUCGACUGGAUGAAAGAUAAGAUCUUCACCCAAACAAUCCCCUUUUGUCAGAAUUGUUACUCUCUCGUGAAACCCGAUAUUGUAUUUUUUGGGGAGGGGCUUCCAGAAAAGUUCUUUGAGGCCAUGCAGAUGGAUUUCCCUUCAUGUGACCUUCUCAUGAUCAUGGGAACCUCGCUCCAGGUGCAACCCUUCGCCUCCUUGGUCAACAGGGUUCCGCGUUCUACUCCGAGGCUCUAUAUUAACAAGGAACGUUUUCCUAAGAAAGAUACCUUGAAGGAGUUUCUGGGCUUGUCUGUCCAACUCGACUUUCAUUCAGGAAAGGCGUACAGGGAUGUAGCCUACAUCGGACUGUGUGACGAUGGGUGUCUGGAUUUGGCUGAGCUCCUUGGAUGGAAGGAGGAGUUGGAGAAGAUCGUGUUGGCGGAACACACAAAGAUAGACCAAGCCGCCCUGAGGCCCCACCGCAAAAGCUCUGUGGGCAAGAGGGUAAGCCAACGGGUUGGCAGAAGCGCAAGUUCAUCAUCAAGCGAGACCCAGGAUUGAGGCCUUUGACACACACUCAUGCACUCACGCACGGGGAGAGGGGAAAUGACCAAAAACACAGUCAAAGAAGCAGAUCUCGAGACGGACUUUGAAUGGGGGGGGGG